CUGCUGAAAUUAUUUCAUACUGCUUUCUUUGUCAGCAUACCCACCAACUAUUCAACAUCUUUUGAACACAGCCAGGUCGUACUCUGUGUUCCUCUCUGAUAAUCCAGAACUUGACGCAACCGAAAGUGCUCUUGGAAAAUAGCACGUAGUUGGGCCCGAGCACCUGGGGUACACUGGCUUUGACUGGAGAGGCGCUAACGUUAGCGUUGCUGGCUUGCUGGCAGACCUCGUUAGCUAGCUACAGUAUUUCAUUUUACUUCGUCUUAAAUAGGGGACUGACCCUGUUGAACUGGACAAAGUGAUCGGUAUCUAAAAUGAUCAUUGAAAACCUCGAUGCCUUGAAGACGUGGCUUUCUAAGACGCUCGAACCCAUAUGUGAUGCCGACCCGUCUGCCCUUGCAAAAUAUGUCGUUGCCUUGGUGAAGAAAGACAAAUCAGAGAAGGAACUUAAAGCGCUAUGCAUCGACCAGUUGGAUGUUUUUCUUCAGAAAGAGACCCAGACUUUUGUAGAUAAACUAUUUGAAGCUGUGAACUCAAAGAGUUACCUACCUCAGCCAGAGCAUCCAACCUCCACGAGUAGAACGGAGACUCACCAGCGCCAAGACAAAGAUGAACCCAAGAAGGAGGAGCUGAAUCGAGAUGAUGACCGGGACAAAAAGUUCUCCAGGAGGGUAAACCACAGCCCUCAGUCCAGCUCCCGCUACAGCCGUGACAGCAGGAGAGGGGACGACCGCAAGAAAGAUGACCGCUCCAGGAAACGAGAUUACGACCGUAACCCUCCCAGGCGAGACUCGUACAGAGACCGGUACAACCGCAGGCGAGGGCGCAGUCGCAGCUACAGCCGCAGCCGCAGUCGCAGCUGGAGCAAAGACCGGACUCGAGACCGCGAUCGGGAGAGAGACCGUGAACGAGACAGAGACCGUGACCGAGACCGCGACCGCACCAGGAGCAGAACACGUUCCAGAAGUCACUCUAGAACCAGGAGCAGGGAGCGGGAUUCUGGGAAAUCUAAGUAUGACCACGAGAGGACAGAGAGGCAAGAGGGCGUGGCCGCAGAGGGCUACACGGCCACGCCCCUCGCCUCCGGCACGUCCUCCACUCAUUUCCCCGUGCCCACUCUUAGCAGCACCAUCACCGUCAUCGCUCCGACUCACCACGGCAACAGCACCACUGAGAGCUGGUCUGACUUUCAGCAGGACCACGCCCCAUAUGGAAGGGCUGCCCAGCCUCCACAGAGGAAACGUUGCCGUGACUACGACGAGAAGGGGUUCUGCAUGCGAGGGGACAUGUGCCCCUUUGACCAUGGCAGCGACCCAGUCGUGGUGGAGGACGUCAACCUUCCCAGCAUCCUCCCCUUCCAGCCUCCACCCCUCCCUGUGGUGGACGGUCCCCCUCCUCCCGGUCUGCCACCCCCGCCUGCGCUCUUAAACCCCCCGCCUGUCAACCUGAGACCGCCGGUACCCCCGCCGGGCACCAUGCCUCCCAGUCUCCCACCCGUAGCAGGUCCCCCUCCUCCUCUCCCGGCCCUCCAGCCUUCGGGGAUGGACGCUCCUCCCAACUCCAUCACUAGCUCAGUCCCCACCAUCGUCACGUCAGGGGUCCGGCCCCCGAUCACCCAGCCCCCCCCGCCCCUCUUUACCUCAGACUCGUUUGAGCCGGACGUUUAUAACCCCGAGGCUCCCAGUAUGACCAGACCAGCUUACAGACACCGCGUCAACGCCCAGAGGCCCAACCUCAUCGGCCUGACCAUGGGCGAGGUGGACAUGCCCCCGCGAGAAAAAAUGCCAAACAGCAACAGCAUGCGGAUUGUUCUGGAAUCGGACUCCAGGAAACGGGGAGGUGGUUUGCUUGAAGGGGGACUUCCCGCUAAGAAGCCCUGGUUUGACAACAGGCAGAACUUUAAUAAACCCAACCACCAGGGCUUCCAUAAGAAAAUCCCUUUCAAUUCUCCCAACACCAAACUGGCCAUUCGCCAGAUUCCACCCGAACUCAACAACAUCAGCAAACUCAACGAACAUUUCAGCAAGUUUGGCACCAUCGUUAACUUACAGGUUGCUUAUCAGAACGACCCCGAGGCGGCUCUGAUCCAGUUCUCUACGCCGGACCAGGCAAAGCGGGCCAUCACGAGCACCGAGGCCGUACUGAACAAUCGUUUCAUCAAGGUCCACUGGCAUCGGGACAACGGCCCCGGGCAGACGGCUAGUCAGCCGCUCGCGACGGCUCAGCAGUCUCCCGUCACCACUUUAAAACAGUCAGUGAAGGACAGACUGGGCCCUCUGCCUGCCGGCAACUCGGAACCCCCACAGGACUCCAGCACAGCCCCGCAGGGCGCAGUCAAAACUUCGGUGAAGGAGCGCCUGGGCUUCACUCCUAAAUCAGUUGUUCAAACGGGAAAGGUCCUGUCGACUUCCACCGGACUCACAAAGACGGUUUAUAACCCCGCGGCGCUGAAGGCUGGCCAGAAGGUGGCGUCGUUCACAGGGACUGUUAAUGCAGAGGAUGCUCUUAAGAAGAAACAGGAGGCUCUGAAGCUUCAGCAGGACGUGAGGAAGAAGAAGCAGGAGAUCCUGGAGAAACAUAUAGAAACACAGAAGUUGCUGAUCUCUAAACUUGAGAAGAACAAAAGCAUGAAAGCGGAGGACAAGUCUCAGAUCAUGGAGACUCUGACCACUCUGACUAACAGCAUCACUAAACUACAGGAGGAAAUCAAAGGCCUCAGUGCAAUUAAAACUGUCAAGAGCAAGGCACAGGCACAGAAGGAGCUGCUGGACACAGAACUGGACCUCUACAAAAAGAUGCAGGCUGGGGAAGAUACAGCCCAACUCAAGAUCAAAUAUACCCAACUUCAGCUAGAGGCUGCCAAAAGAGGGAUCCUGACCUCAGGGCGCGGAAGAGGGGGCCACGCCAGGGGUCGGGGAGCUCUCCGGAGCAGGGGGCGCGGGGUCAGGGGCCGCGGCCGCGGCGCCCCCACGCACGCCGUCGUCGAUCACCGACCCCGAGCCCUGGAGAUCACGGGCUUUACGGAAGCGGAUCGCGUGGACCUGCUGCCGCACUUUGCACAAUUUGGAGAGAUUGAAGAUUGCCAGAUGGAGGACUCCAGCCUCAGCGCCAUCAUCACGUACAAAACGCGAGCCGAAGCAGAGCUGGCGGCGAUCCACGGAGUGAGGCUGAAUAACCAGGAGCUACGGCUGGCUUGGCACAAGCCCGCCGCCUCCCUCAACACCACUGACCCAGAGGAGGUGGAACCAGAGGAGGAGGAGUUCCAAGAAGACUCGCUCAUCGAUGACGCGUUGCUGCAGGACGAUGACGAGGAAGACGAGGACAACGAAUCUCGCUCCUGGCGGAGAUAGAGACCUCCCAGAAUCCCCCUGGCUCUUCAGUGACGUGGCUUAUGUGAACCUAUUAUUGUGUUCCACGAUUUAAACAAAAAAAAAAUGGUUGUUUUUGUUUGUUUGUUUUUUUUUUAACUGAUAGUUUGUUACAUUUCAAUUCCAUCAUUAAUCUGAUUAACACUGAGUACUAUUAGACUGCAGCUGUGUAGAAUUCGGGCUAAGAAAAGAACUACGAGAAAUACAGAGGUUCAAGUUGGAUUCAAUUUGAUGUAAAAUAAUAGAGGAGUGGAUUUCUGUCUUUUGUUAUUGAUUCAUUUUUUGUAGUAUCUAAGAACGGCUCAUGCAUUUUUUUUUUUUUUUUUAUAUGUGGUCAAAGUGUGAGACCAAAUUUCUGUAGAAACAUUGUGAUAAGGAAAUGACUGCUUGUGGCACAAGUUGAAGAAUGUUUUUAUUUCAGAAGUUAACCACAACGGCAAAAAAAAAAGAAAAAGGAAAAGCGCGUGUUUGGAUAAAGUUAACCAAGACCACGCUGUAGGCUUCAGUUUUGAUUGGUCAUUGAGGUAGUUGCUCUUUUGUGUAUAUAUUUUAUGUAUGAAUUUUAAUGAUUCGUAUGACUGCGUCGC